GCCCGCCGCAAGCUCGGCGUCGAGCCAAGCGAGCCGCUGCUGCUGACGGUCGACGUUCCGGCGACCCCGGCGCUCGGCGAGCCGUGCGCCUGGCCGCACGGGAUCAAGGCCCGUCAGAGGACGCUCUUCUGCGACAAGCACGAGGGCUUCGGCCACCUGUGUAACUGCUCCGACCCCGACCCGUUGCACUACCCGUUCCGGCCGCUCCUUCACAACCGGACGUUCCCGUACCCGAUCGCUGUGCUAGGGGGCGACCGGGGAACGUACCUCUACCGCAUGUUGCAGACGCUGCUGCCCAACCGCGGUCUGAACCGCACCCGGCUGACCAUCUUCAUUCAAGACUACCACGACCAGAUCCUGGAGCUGGCCGCGCUGCUGGACGUGCGGGUGGUGGUGCAGACGAUGGCAGUCGACAGGCAGAGCGCCAAGAUCAGCAUGAACAUGAAGAACGCCAUACGGACAUCGUUCGAGCUGUUUCCGGACGCUGACAAAAUGAUCGUCCUUGAAGACGAUCUCUAUGUGUCACCCGACUUCAUCAGCUACUUCGCCCAGACCGCACCGCUGCUGGACGAGGACGUGACGCUGUACUGCGUGUCCGCCUGGAAUGACAACAGCUACAGACACAGCUCCAAGGACCCAGCCCUGCUGUACAGGACUUCCUAUUUCCCCGGCCUGGGGUGGAUGAUGAAGAAAUCAGUACUGAUGGGCGAAAUGAUGCCGGCGUGGAAAGCGGACUGGAAGGACUGGGACUGGGACAUGUGGUUCCGCACUGAAGUAGUGUCGCUGUACCGGGAGUGUAUCAUCCCGGACGUGUCGCGCACCUACCACUUCGCCUACCUCGGCGGCCACGUGUACAGCUUCCUGCAGCUGCAGUACUUCUCCGACAAGUCACUCAACACGCUGCCGGAUGUCGAGCUGUACAAUGUCUCUAGCAUGACUUACCCAAACUACAGGAGAGCUAUGUACGAGAUGAUCCAGAAGAACCUCCGCCUGCCGCCUGGGAAGGUUUACUACCGGACAUGCUUCGAUAUGUUCCCCGUGACGGAGGACCCCGAGGAGAGGAAGAAAACCUACGUGAUCAUUUUUGAAAUGAAACACGCUUACGACCGUGCCGCCAUACAGAACGUACUGACGUGCCUGGGUUUGUGGGAUACGGAUGUGCGAGGCGAGCAUCAGGGAACCUGGAGGUUCCACAUCAAUGGCAACCCAGUGAUGGCCGUGGGCGCGCCUUACUCGGAGUAUGCUGAGAGCGUGAUGGGCGCCAUUGGAAUAUCACCGGUUUUCGACUUCAAGCAAUACAGCCUGACCAGAACAAGACGUCCCGGAUCUAACGGCGAAAAUCCCAAGGUCGUGACCUUCGGCGUUCCCGACGAAGAGUAUGAGGACGACUACAACUCCAAAAUGUUCACCUAUGAUCAUGAUUCAGACUACAAUGCUGCUUCAAUGGUGGAAUAAUGCGACCAGUUAGCUGAAAAGCAGCUGCAUGAACUCAUUCAGCCUGAUAUACGCCAUUGGAAACCUGUUAGCCUGGAACCUGAAAGCCUGUUAAACCGAUCGCUAAGUAUGUACGUGCAUUGCUCCGUGCCAUAGCUGUGUCGUCUAUAUGCCAUGCUUACAUUAAGUGCCUUCAUGUGUACGGUAGUGAUCGGCGACCGCUUUAAGGUGUCGGUUAGUGCGCAUUGUGCAACAAUAAAAC